AUGUCUUCUACCUCGCUCAAAGGCGCUGGGAGAUAUCUCUAUCCCCGCGAGACAGCUCGUCAUGCCGCGACUAUCCUCGGAUUCCCAUCCAAGGUCUCCAUCGCCCCGGCAUAUUACGAGAGCGCAUGUACCGACAUCGCCAGUCUGGCCGCCGCAAUCUCAGCCCAUGAGCCAGUGAGGCUAUACACACGACCCGAGGAUGUGUCAAAAGCAAACUCAAUGGUUGCGCAUGCAAGCACCAAAUAUCCAAGUGAGACUAAAAAUGUCUCUAUCAUUCCAUUCCUUACAAACCAUCUUUGGGUCCGUGAUACCGGCCCGGUUUAUGUACAGGGACUUAGUGAAGACACUCGUCACCAACGCUUUGCAGUCAAUUUCCGCUUCAGUGAGUGGGGUAGAAAGGAUGAUAUUGGUGACCAUGACCGCGCCUCUGAUGGUAUGGAUUGGCCCGUGAUGGAGAGUGAACAGCUCCAAGAAAACACGUCGUUUGCCAAACGAGUUAUUGAAACAGACGAAUCUCCGUCACGGGUCACUAAAUUGGAAUCUAGCGUUUGUCUAGAAGGCGGUGCUUUAGUCGUGGAUGGCGAGGGUACCCUGCUAGCCACGGAAAGCAGCAUCCUCAACGACAAUCGCAACCCCGAUCUUUCCCGCGCCGAGAUCGAAGCAGAACUGAGCCGGCUUCUGGGUAUCGAGAAAUUCAUAUGGUUCCCGGGCAAAAAGGACUUGGAUGUGACUGACGUACAUGCUGAUGCCGAAGUCAGCUUUAUCCGUCCUGGUGUUGUUGUGCUUUCGCGUCCUCAUUCCAGCGCCCCCAAAGAGUGGAUCAAGAUUUUCGAAGAUAUUAAGAGAAUUUUGGAGCAGUCAGUUGACGCGAAGGGUCGUUCAUUCGAAAUACAUACAGUUCAGGAGCCGGACCCUCGGUGUCUUGGGGAGUUGUCGUACGAGGAGCCAGCGACAAAUUAUGUCAACUUUUACUUCGUGAACGGUGGAGUCAUUCUUCCUCAGUUUGGAGACAUUCAGACGGACAGAGAGGCUUUGGAAUUGUUCCAGAAAUUGUGCCCCGAUCGUGUGGUGCGUCCGGUGCAUGUCAAAGCUCUUCCCUUGGCUGGAGGAGUGAUUCACUGCGCAACUCAACCAGUCCUUGCUUCCGAUGAAUGA